GUGUAGCUCGUGCAUCCCUAGGGACUUGCCGGAGUGGCACCCGGGUGCGCAAGCCCACGCGCAAGCCGUGCCAGGCCCGUGCAUGCAUGACGCAGCUCGCGCGCGCUCUGUGGGCUUCGGACUCGCCGACCCCGGGCAACCUUUCAAGGGCUCUCGUGGUCAUUAUCAAGCACCAACAGCUAUUCGACACUGCGUAUUACCCGGCCGGCGCUUGCAGGCCCCGAACGCGACGCGAAGGAGGGUGCUAACAAGGCACCCGGGCCAGCGACUUGUCUCUUAAGAUAUUGGAUCUUUCAAAGUAUUCAUACGUGGGCGCUGCUGAGGCGCAAACGGGCCCCUCGCUGCAACGGGUCCGAAUGGCCAUGCCGUACGGGUUCCGCGACUUUUGUUCCUCGCUGCUGUUUCUCCACAGAUUAUACAGACUGUCCCGGCACAAUACCUUGCCGGACAUCGUAGUGAGCGCAAGAAACACGCGUGAAUAAGCGAAAGCACAUUUCGCGCGCUACUACCCGUCUCUACAUCGCUCAACUCAAGCGUCCACAAGUUUUGCUGUGAUAACAAGUCAUAAGUAUGGCGCCUCGCGCCCGCUCUACCUGGGCCUACGGCCUUGCGGCACUUCUCGUCGCAUGCAGUUUUGCUUGUGUGGUGAACGGCGCUCGAAUGAUUCAGCCUGCCGAUGAUGUGUUUCCCCUGGACCACAACGACUCGGCGAUUGACUCGGAAGCCAUCCAGCAGGUUGUGUCGGCGCUGGCGCACAUGAACCAAGACAGCGAGGUCAUGCGCCGCGUGCUGGCGUCGGGCGUGUACCCGCCGUCACCCGCCCCUCCCAGCCCCGAGCCCAACAGCCCAAGCCCGGCGCCUCCCAGCCCAUCCCCACCCCAGCAGCCGCCCUCACCCCCGUCUCCACCAUCCCCACCUCCAUCACCCAUCGACCCCCCGUCUCCGCCAUCUCCAGCUCCCUCGCCCCAUCCCCCGUCGCCUCCCGCGCCUCCCUCCCCCUCUCCCCCGCUGCCUCCCGGCCUUGCGCUUGAGGCGGAGCACUACGUGGCUGGCUUCUCUGCUAACGCCACCAUCGUGGCCAACCUGGAUGUGACCAGCCAGGCGUCUGUGGAUGCCUUCAUUGCCGCCUUCAUCCAGCUCACCGCCACCGCCCUCAACAUCGACCCCGCCAACGUGUACGUGACGCGCGUGACCAAGGGCGGCGCGUCCAGCGGCCGCCGCCGCGCCGCGCUGGAGCAGAGCGGCGCUGCGGAGCAUGUGUGGUCUGCGUCGGAGCUGUCUGCGCUGCUGCCCGGCGCUGGCCUGAGCCUGCUUGCGCUCAAGCGCGUGACGCCCGCCGAUGACGCCACCGUGGCUGGGCUUCGCUCCGCCAAGCUUGAGCUGGUGCUGGGCCCAGGUGCCAAGCUGCAGCAGGCUCGCCGCAGCGCUCAGCAGCAGCAGCCGUCGUCUACUGCAGAUGUGAUCGUCGACUUCACGGUCGUGACGCUGGUGGAGGUGGCGCUGCCUCCCUCGCCGCCGCCCAGCCCGCCGCUGCCUCCUGGCGUGUCUGCUCCUCCCACCGCUCCUGUUUCGCCUCCGUCUCCUCCUCCUCGCCCUCCCCGCCCUCCUCCGCUGAACGUGGCUGUCCUGACAUCCGCCCUGAACGCUUCUUGGGUGAACGAGGCCCCCUCUCCGCCUCCCUCGCCUCCGCCGUCGCCUCCCUCGCCCAGCCCGCCUGCGCGCGUCACGUCGGCCCGAGUCAGCCGCAUGCCCGCCCAGGGCACCCUGUCGGGCGACAGCAGCAAGCCCGUGGUGUGGUACAACGACGCCAGCUUCCGCAGCUACCGCAAGCCGCGCAGCCCUCUGAACCUGGUGUUCUGGAGCGCACGCCGCCAGUGCACCGCCACGGUGGGCGUGUGUGGCGGCUGCCCGCGCGCCUGGGCUGUGCCGUCCAACGCCACGCAGACCACGACGACGCUGCCUCUGUACUUCCGCGAGCCCAUGCAGCUGGACAGCAUCACCAUCACGCAGCUGCAGAACCCCGGCGUACUGUCUGUGGAGCUGCUGCCGUGGCCCGCCACGCCCAUCCCUGAGCUGCCCGACGUGGCGCCUGUGUCCGGCCCCAAGGGCCAGCCCGUGUACUCGGCCGCGUCUGACAGCACGCCCUGCGGCGGCGACCUGGUGAUCAGCGUGCCUUCCGACCGCUCGGGCAGCUCGGAGAGCGUGCCUCCUCGCGGCAGCCAGUCGGAGCUACCGCCGCGCCUGCGCCGCACGGCCGUGGGCGGCAUCCGCAUCACCGUCAAGGCGCAGGCCAAGGGCGCCAAACCCACCUUCAUUUCGUCGGUGCGCUUCAGCGGCCGCGUGCUGUACCCGGCCAACCCCGCCGCGUACGAUGGCAUGUAAGGAGCACCAGCCUCCAGCAGGCAUAGGUUUGUGCAACGCGACGUGACGAAAGCCGGGCACUGCAAAUUGUGCAUGGUGGAUAGGAGCACAGAUGGGCACUGAACCAGAAGUGCUGCAUCUGUGCGGUUUAGUGAUUCACAUGAGACGAUUGGGACUAGCCACCUUAAUUUAUGUCUAACAAGCGUGCGGGGGACCUAGCUGUGGAUGCAGAUGAAGCGCUGCCCGACCAUUACGAUCAAGGACACGUGUUGACAUCUGCGCGAUUUAUUGGUAUGCAUGGGACGAUGGGCACUAGCCACCUUGAUUGAUCUCUAGCAUGCGUGUGAGGGCCCUAGCUGACAACGAAGAUGAAGCCCUGUUAGACACUAACAAGUCAGGGACGAUUGUUGACAUGCCGCGCCAUUACACGCGGGUGUCUUAGCUUGCACAGCCUAGCAGGGCUUGAUUCAGCCCAUUUAGCUUGCGCCGAAAGCGCUUUUUAACGAUUUAAGGGUUCGUGUUGUGGUUAGGCGACUAGUACACGGCGGCAUCGUGCCUAGUACGGAUGGUGACCAGAUGCCGUAGCAGGAUGUGCGCCUGCGGUGUGGAUGGAUGUGGAUGCGAGACUGGUAGGAGAAGGACGAAGGAGCAAAGUAGCAAUCACCUUGUGAGGCACGCAAAUUUCAUUCGUUCGUUGUUUGCUCCGUCUCUUAUAGCGUUCCGUACGUACGUACGCAGGUGGUGCGUCGCAGCACGCAGCGCCACUGGCACGCGGUGGUCUGUGUGUGCACACUGUCCACAGGCAAAGAUUGCAGAGCCCUGAUGGAGUCCUGAAACUGUGACUCACUUGGAUGGCCUGCCAAAACCGUCUGACACGAACCGCAGCAACGCAACUAAUCUAGCACCGAAGCGCAGUGCAUGUCGCCUAACGGAGUAACAGAAUGGGACCAGCCAGGUGGCAGAGGGCAGAUACUGUGGCCAAGACCAUCACUGGCUUGCAGUUUCGGGCCUCGAGGCAUGGCGGCAUGAUCAAUACAUCAUAUACUCAG